AUGUUACGAGCGGAAGACUACACCGUUGGAUGGGUCAGCGCCCUCCCGGUCGAGCUUGCUGCUGCGGCGGAGAUGCUGGACGAGGAGCACCCGGCGCUUCCUCACGACCCGAACGACGAGAACAUCUACACCCUCGGCCGGAUAGGAUGCCAUAACGUGGUCAUUGUCUGUCUUCCCGCUGGCCGGUAUGGAACAACAUCAGCGGCCACCGCGGCCAUCCAGAUGAAAGCCAAAUUCCCUGCUAUUCGAUUUGGGCUGAUGGUGGGUGUUGGAGGAGGGGUGCCCAGUGCGACUGACGUGCGACUCGGCGAUGUGGUGGUCAGUCAGCCAUCUGCAAGCCAUGGUGGAGUGGUGCAGUAUGAUUCUGGAACAACAACUGCAUCGGGCUUCGUACGGAAGGGCUUUCUUAAUGCCCCGCCUCCGAUCCUGCUUAAUUCCCUAAGCAAGCUGCGAGCGAACCAUCUCAGGCAACGAACGAAGGUUAUGGAGCACCUCUCCGCAUUUGAUAGCCUACCUCUCUUUCAGCGUGGCCAUGCUGGCGUUGAUAGACUGUUCAAGCCAACAUAUACUCAUGCCGGCGGCCCUAUGUGCGAAGCAUGCGACGACGAGCACGUAGUCACUCGAACGCCGAGAACGGAUCAAGCUGUUGAGAUACAUUACGGGACCAUCGCAUCGGGCAAUCAAGUGAUCAGAAACGCAGAGACAAGGGACCAGUUGAGCGCAGAACUGGGGGGUGUGCUCUGCUUUGAGAUGGAAGCCGCGGGCUUGAUGAACGGCUUCCCCUGCCUUGUCAUCCGGGGAGUCUGCGACUACUGCGACUCUCACAAGAACAAAGAUUGGCAGCCAUUUGCUGCUGCUACCGCCGCUGCAUACGCCAAAGAUCUCUUAUCAGUCGUGCCCGCAGCCCAUGUCUCAAUCGUGACCACCGAACAGAGUACAUCGCUAGCAUUCCACUCCAAGACUGUUCGCGUACGGCAAGCCCAGGGAUUGAACCGCCCAGUCUGGACAAACCGUGACCGUCUUUUUGAGCCACGCGAGUACGUCCGCGACAAUGGCUCGUCUAUCAGCGGCCGGGACUCGUUGACAAGCAACGUAUUCAAGAGGCCUGACGUCUUAAUAUCCCGUUGCAGCGACGCGCUAGGGGAGCUUCAAGCCCUGGCCGAGGGCAAUCGACAUACAACCAGUUCGAGUUGCAGUGGCUCAAUAGCUCUGAGCGGCCAAUUCAACACACUAAGCCAUUGGACAUCCAAUACGAACUGGCUUGAACGACUUCACAGCGAGAUGCAAUGGUGUCUUUCAUCCAUCGAUAUCCUUCUGGAUGUCCUUCUACGGUCUGACAGACAAACCCCAACACGACUGCAGACAGAAUCCAAGCACGCGGUACCACAGCCUCGGAGAUUGGCACACCGUACGAUGGGACAAGUCAUCAAGCCGUCAGACACGACGAAGAAAAGUCCGUCAAGCAUAGGAUAUGCCCCAUCUUGGAUAUCAAACACUCCCGACACAUCGCUUCUGAGAUCCAUAGCUGCAAGCGGAUCUAUACUCCCGUUCACUGUUCCUGAGCCCAAGAACAUCACCAUCCCCGAGGCAAUGCACAUCACCAUCCCCGGGGCAUAUAACAUCGACAUUCCCAGGCCAGUCAGCACUGAGCGCCAAAACAGCAGCAUCCCUACACACCACGGACUCAGGGUUGAGGAUCGGACUAUGUCGCGUGAUGUGCCCACUGCACCGUCCAGACCCUCAGACCCUCCUCCCCUCUCAUCUUCAACACCGCCCGAAGUUUGGUUGACAACAAUCCGCGUGCAGCUUUUACAGUGGGCCGACGCAAACCUGUCCCCAAGCACUAAACGCGCACGGCGGCGGUACGUGAUCAGUGCAUUGACAUCGCUUAAUAAUUAUAUUGCUUCGAUCGAAGACGUCGCGAAUAGACGGCGGCUAAGGGAUGAGCUGGAGCAGUAUGGUCUCCUCCAGCUCAUUGUCAAUAUGAAAGCUGCUGUUGGUGAUCUCGUUAUGCUGGAGAAGCAGGUUGAGGUUUAUUUUGAUGAUAAGAUGGAGGAUGGGGUUGCGUAUUGA